CGUUUAGCGUGCAGUGGGCAAAGAACAAGUGGCCUGGCGAGAAUCACGUGAUCAGUUUCGCACAGGAAGCUGACGAGAGUUCCGUGUGUGUGUGUGUGACUUUACCACCAUCCAGACUUCCCUCGACUGCGACAUGUGAGAUAUUGGGUUUGAGACAGCACCUCAUUCUGUUCCUUCUUUGCUGUCUUUGGCACACGUCUGUCAACCAGCAGGCUCAACGGCUCAACGGCUCAACGGCGCUCUCGAUGACAUGACACGCUGGGAUCCCCGUACCAUCGAGAUGGACCAGGACACAGAACUAGAAAUGUGUAUAAAAGCCACCUGUUGCUGACAAUGCAAGAGACGAGAUCAACAAACGUAAUCUUUAACCUUUUCACCUAAAAGUCAUGAACUCAAUUCUAGCUUGGAUCAGGGCUUGCGUCGUGCUGCUGUUCGUCGAAAGCAACUUACAAUGCUUAGGACUUCACUCGCGAGAGGAGGCGACUGAACAUCUUGACGCAAGUGAUCACGUGGCCGCACCGGCCCCACCCAGCGCCGACUUCUGCUUCCGAGACUAUUGCAGAUGUUGGAACGACACAUGGCCAGGAUGGUCGGCUGACUGCUCACAAAAUAAUGGAAGCCUCACGUUCAUUCCCAUACUCAGUGAGCCCAAAGUAACCUUCCUAAACUUCUCCUAUAACAAAGUCCAGGUCAUCACCGACGACUUUUUUGCCAAUGUCACCGACCUUCGGUAUCUGGAACUUUCCAAUAACAACAUCAUCAACAUCAGUUUCCAGGCUUUCAAGAACCUGACUAAGCUGGAAGGUCUCUACCUAAACUUUAACUAUAAUCUCACGUUCGACAUUCUUCGGCCAGUCUUCCUGAUACCGACCCUGAAAAGGCUCGACGUCAGACAUUCCAGUUUGACACCUCCGCCGGAUGGCUACUUCAAGAACUACUUUUCGCGAAGUCUGGAGACUUUAUUCCUGCAUGAGAACGAAAUCGGCGACAUCGACUUGGCUGUGUUUAAUAGCUUUACAAGCUUACGGAAGCUCGGCCUGGCUACGAACUACAUCUCGAAGGUGACCACAAGCAGUCCUACGCAUCUGGAGAUGUUAGAAAUACAGACAAACGGCAUUCUCAGAUUUCCAGAGACUUGCAUAAACGGAAGUCACGAAUCGCUGUUUCCGAACUUAAAGCAGCUGUGGCUCAUCGAGAAUGUGAUGCGGUGGCUUCCAGCAGAGUGUGUCUGCCCAAACUGUCAGUGGCUGAUGAACGGAAACGUCUUCAAGCAUUUUAUGAAAGACAUGCUUCAUUCCUUUACGAGUCUGAUCUCUGUCUCCCUGAACGCCAUGAACACGAAACCGUGGGGCAUUGAUGAAUUUGCUUUCAGAAGUCCCAUAUUGAGAAAUCUUUCUUUGGCCUUUAACCAUCUUGACUUUUCCAGGAACACUAUACAUCCCGGAGCCUUUGCAGGCAUACCCCACCUGAGAUAUUUGAGCCUCUACCAAAACUGUUUUCACUAUGUAGACGACAACCGAUUCAACGAGUUGUUCGGCAACUUGACAAACUUGAACUACAUUAACCUCGGCUAUUGCAUAGUCACCAGCAUUUCCAACAAGACCUUCCGGGGAAUGACAUCUCUAACAACCAUCGACUUCUCUGGCAACAAGCUGCGCUUCAUACCCGAAGGGACAUUUGACGAGCUGCCAGACUUGACAAGCAUCGACCUGAGCAGCAAUCAACUGUCUUUGAUUACAGAAUACACAUUUAGCGCGGCGCUGCGAGGAAGACUCAGCUACGUUUAUCUUGGGUGGAAUCUGUUUGAGUGCACGUGCGACCUUCUGUGGUUCCGCCAAUGGCUUCUCUCCAGUAAGAAUACUUUCGUAGACGGUAAUUACUAUGAGUGUUAUAAUGUGGCCAACACGACUGUUACCGAGUUCUACGUGGACCAGCAAGCGUGUCUGCUGAGUCGUGACACUCUCACCAUCAUCACAGUCGUCUCGUCAAUGCUCAUCUUCACGAUCACGUUGGCAGUGACGCUCUUCCGCUACCGCUGGCACUUCCGCUUGCUGCUUUACGAGGCCUUUCGGGCAGGAUCCAACCGCAGGCGCAGACGCCUGCGCAGAAAUUUCCAGUAUGAUGUCUUCGUGUCCUAUGCCGAAGGGGAUUUAAGCUGGGUCCUCACUCACCUCAUCCCCGGUUUGGAGGACCGCAUGGGUCUGCGUGUUUGCCUCCACCAGCGAGAUUUCAUACCGGGACACAACAUCGUGGACAACAUCGCUGACAGCGUGGAGGGCAGCCAGAAGAUGAUGAUGGUCUUCUCCCAGCACUUUGCUCGCAGCCAGUGGUGUCAGUUCGAGCUGGCGCUCUGCCUGUCGCAUGUCAUGGACCACGAUGACGACCUUCUGGUCGUUCGCCUGAGCGACGAGUCGACUUCACGUGACAUGACAGGAGCCAUGAUGGCUGUGCUCAAGACGACGACCUACAUUCAAUGGGAGGACAACGCCUACGCCAAAAGCUCCUUCUGGGGUCGCCUGACCGUUGCCCUUCAGGACCUUCGUCUAGGGUUCGAAGCCAAUACGCUCACGUCUUUACAAAUGUAAGCUGCAUGUUGCGCCAUAUUAAACCUACAGGUGCAGAUGCCUACGACAAACUGAAGCACGUUUCUGAAACAAAUGAUAUUGAAAGUUCUUUGAGCAAAGUCGAUGUUUGAAAAUGUCUGAAGAAUGGAACAAGCUAUUGCCUUUGAUAACAACAACAAAUACAAUCGCUUUAAAAGCGUUUAGCCUUUAGUAGGGAAAGCGUGCUUAUACAGUCAUGAGUAAUACCUUUUAGAAAGUUCUUCUCCUUGUUUACAUCAAAACGUGUUUGUUUCUCGAUUGUUUGAUUUGUUGCUUGUUGAUUACUUUUGAGGUAUACUUAAUGCCAGGGAAAUAUCUUUUCAAAUAUCGAAAAGGUAUAAGAAUUUCUAAAUUAACCAUUAAAUGGUUCAUGCAGAACGUUAGUACUAACAUUUAAAGAGGACUUGUUCAUUUCUUUAUUUAUCCCAUUUGACAGUUGGUCAGCUGGUACGUCAUUAGGGGAUAAGAAAUAGACGCGAUACAAGAGACUGGAAUUACGAAGAACUUUUGUACAGUUUGUACUUGUUAGUAAACCUGAUGGUGCUGCUGCAGCAGAUCUUGUCCAGCCUUCCCAUUGCUGCUGCUGCGGUUAAGAUCCUGAUAAUGAUGUCUGCCGUAGUGUUGCCAUAUUUAGAAAUGGUGACUCCAAAUACUUACUUAAAGCUGUUCAUCUCCUCGGAGCUGUGCUUGUUCAUGUACAUCUUUGCUUUACCGUUGCCAUUGACGAUGACUCUUGUCACGCUGGUCUCCAUUUCACAUGCAUUCAUCUGUGUCACUCUGUUAGUGAGGUCUUGCAGAUCGCUUGCUGUUAGGUAUCGUCUGCAAAUGGUAUGUUGCAUAUUGAAAUGGAGAUGCGAUGAUCGUGAAGGGUUUCUCGCAAGAUAUUCUCAAACGAAAUGUUGCGCAGUACAAGCAAGAGAGGACAUCCUUCAUCCUUCAUCCUUCCUUUAUCCCAUUCUGCGUUGAUUGAGCUCUUGUACAUCAAUCGUGUUGAGGCGAUUCUGGACAACUUUCAUCAUCACUUUAUUUGGGUGGUUGAUUCGCUUGUUGUUUGCUGUUUUCUUGUUUCGUUUUGUCUUUGUUGUUUCUGAAUUGGAAACGCUUUGGCUGUAGAGAGAAGUCGAUUUGGUUGUUGACCAAACGAUCUGGAGAUUGCCAAGUUUCCGUCCUAGAUUCCUUGUGGGGUUGGAGGAUAUUGGUUAAUAUGAGUCGAUGGCUUUGUGCAAAUUCUAGAAAUCUGAUGACCCUGGAUUUAGCUUUACCUUGGCAAAUUUCACCUACUAUUCCGAUCUAAUGCUGAUGAGCGUCUGGACUUAUUUGGCCUCUAUGACCCUUUCAAACUAUAUGUAAACCUCAUCCACUUAAUGCUCUUCAUGUUUGGAGAUCGGAGCAUAGGCUUGGUCAAUGGAUACUUUAUGAGGCCUGGUAGGGUGAAUGGGGAUCGCCCUUAUAGGGUAUGGGUGUACAGCCAUUCAUGGCUCCAACCACAUUUCAUCCUCAUAUCUUUGUUCUUUUUGUGUGAGUGGAUAGGGAGUUGUAGAUGCGCGAACUAACUGUGGCAGCUAGGAAUAGUUUUAUUUGACCGAUGAACAUUUAGAGACAAAAGCGAAGGGACUACGGUGACCAUGCACUUGUAGAUAGUCGAAAAAACAAACAAUAGGUACUGCUUGUAGCUUUUAGGUGACCCGAUGCUUGUGGCAUGAUUAAUCACAACAUUGUCACGAUUUU